AUGUCGUCAUCAGUUCGUUGUUAUCAAAUAAAUUCAUCUGAAUAUCAACAUUUAUUUUCAUCUCAACUAAUCUAUCUAUUUUCAUUAUUUAAUGAAUAUAAUUAUUCGAUUCGAUUUGUUGGUGGAGCUGUUCGAGAUAUUUUACUUGGUGUUUCACCACAUGAUAUUGAUUUAGCAACAACAGCAACAACAAAUGAUAUAUUAAAACUUAUUCAAGGUGAUUCAAAUAUUGAACUUGUUUAUACACGUGCUGAACAUUUUGGAACAUUAACACUUAUUGUUGGUACAACUAUACGAAAAACAUUUCAAGUAACAACUUUAAAACGAUCAAUUAAUCGUCAUGGUAAAGAUGUAUUUGUUGAAUUUACUGAUAAUUGGAGUAUUGAUGCACAACAAAGAGAUUUAUCAAUAAAUAGUUUAUCAAUGGAUGAACAUGGAAUUGUAUAUGAUUACAUAAAUGGCAUUGAUGAUCUAAAAAUGAAUCGAAUUCGUUUUAAUGGAAAUAUUAUUAGACGAUUACAAGAAAAUCCUAUUCGAAUUUUACGUUAUUUUCGAUUCUUCGGUCGUUUAUCAUCUGAUCCAUGUGCACAUGAAUCUGAUGUAUUAGAAGCUAUUCAGAAAUGUGCUAUGACUUUAAAAGAUGUUUCUGGUGAAAAGAUUUGGAUUGAAUUAAAACUUAUACUUCGUGGCCGUUUUGCUGGACAUAUAAUGAAAACAAUUCUUGAACAAAAAUUAGCCCCACUAUUGGGUUUACCUGAAUCAUCUGUAGAAAUGUUUGAAUUAGAAAAUCGAUGGUUAAGAUGUAUGAAUUAUCAACCAGAACCCAUGACAUUACUUAUGACACUUUUUAAUGAUCAAGAAGAGUUUGAUACAUUUUGUAAACGUGUCAAGUGUUCAUCACGUCAUAAAAAUCUUGGUCAAUUUUUACUUGAUUAUCGUUAUUUAAUUCAACCAAUGAAUAACAAUGAUUUACUUUAUUCAUAUAAAGAACUUAUUAUAAACAGUCAUCAAACUCAACAAAAUAUUCGACAUCAAUAUAUUAUUGAAUUGCUAAAAUAUCAAGGUUAUAUUUAUCUUAUUGAUGAGAUUAAACAAUGGUCUAUACCAAAAUUUCCUAUAGAUACAGGGGAUCUUCAACAAAAUGGUUUAAUGUCUAAUAGAAGUUUUUCACAUUUUCUACGACAUUUGAAAGAACAAUGGAAAUUAAGUCAAUAUAAGAUGACAAAAGAAGAACUUAUUGAAUAUGGAUUUCAAUCAGGAUUAUUUUAUAUGUGA